AUGGGUUCUCUUAUGGCAGGAUGGCACUCUCCAACCUUGGAUCCUGAAUCAGCUACAAAUGAGAGGAAUCGAUCGCUUACGAAAGAACAAAUUGAUGCUUACUGGAGCACAAAAGAGGAGACAGAGUCAGAACAUCUCAAAUCUAUUUCUAAAUUAUCUGAGACUAUUCAGACCCGCAAAUUGGAGGAUUCAGAGAAUUCUCGUAGGUCAACUACCGUGACCUUGAACCGCAUAGAGGAGUCCUUAGACAAAGAUUUUGUCAAGAAAAAUUGCUGGUGGACUAAGAGCAGCUGGGCAUUUCUGAAUGAACCGCCAGUGAUGGAAGCUUCUUCCAAAAACUAUGCUUCACAGUUUCACGUAGCCAACUUGAGAUCAACCAAAGCAAGAAAAUCAGCAACAAUGGGUUCUCUUAUGGCAGGAUGGGACUCUCCAACACUGGAUCCUCAAUCGGCUACAAUAGAGAGGAAUCGAUCACUCACCAACGAUGAAAUUAAUGCUUACUGGAGAGCGAAGAAAGAGACAGAGUUGGAACACCUCAGAGCUAUUUCCAAAUUAUCUGACACUGUUAAGGCUCACACAUUCAAGGACGCAGAGAAUUCUCACAAGUCCUUGACCGACAUAAAGGUGUCCUUAGGCAUGAAUGUUGACAAAAAAAGUUUGGAGCAGCUUAUGAACAAAAAUUGCUGGUGGACUAAGAGCAACUGGGCAUUUCUGAAUGAACCUCCAGUGAUUGAAGCUUCUUCCAACAACUAUGUUUCACAGUUUCACGUGGCUAACUUGGGAUCAUCCAAAUUUAAUUCACCAAAUAAGAUUAGUGCGUGA